AUGAAUAUCAAUCCUAUAGUUCGUUGUGCUUUGUUACUUACAACAAGAAACAAAUAUUCAAACAAACUAAAUAAUAUCAAUAUCAAGAUCAAUGUCAUUAACAAUCAAACAUUAAGGCCAGAGUACUACUUUAUAAGUAGUCAUGGUAUUGGUCAAAGUCAAAACCAAAGUCGAAGAAAUAAUAUAAAUACUGACAUUAGUAAUAAUAGUAGUAAUAGUAUAUACAGAUCAAUUGGACCAACACGACUGAUGGGCUGUGUCCAUGGAAUACAUGACAACACAAUAAGUCGAUCACAUUUGUUGACAAAUGGAUAUAACUACAAUAUUGAACUUGGAUUGGUACAUAAUGAAAGACUGCUAGGUGGUGUUAGAUACUUAAGACUAUUCUCAAGAUCGAUAAUUGGAAAUGUAUUGCGAUCAACCGAAGCAUUGUUUUAUGGCAUUGCUUCCUAUGUGUUGGUGUUGAUGGAUGAUAGUGGACUGGCACCAUUCAUCAUUAUAAUGCUACUGAAUCUGGCCUACAAGAUGUACAACUAUCGCAAGUUCUUUGAUGUCACUGUGAACGCGAUCCAGACACAUCGCGACCGUAUCCAGUUGGUGACCAAGGCGCCAUUGCAACUGCCACGCAUCCAAGACUGCGAGUUUGACAAGGCCAAGAUCACCAAUGCCAGCGGGGCCACCGAGAAGUUCUUCACAUGUACAUUCACAAUCAACGACUACACGCCUGGCGGACCUGGCGCAGCCACCGUCCAGGUGCUGGGCUACAAGAGUCCAUUCAACUUGGUUGGCACCAACAGCACGCGCAAACCAUUCAAGAAGGACUUGGUCAUCACUAACAUCAAUGUCAUUUCAGCUGGUCGUGUUGUGCCCAUCUACGAAGUGCCACCAACACUCAUCAUGGACUCAACAGCAUCCAACAAGACUGGAACAACUGCGAACAAACUGGAUCCCAAGUUGAUCAAAGAGGCAGAGAUUGUCAGUGAGAAGAAGUAUCGA